ACUUUCAUUCAUCCUGAAGUCAACAUGCAGUCUCAAUGCCGCUCUGCUGAGGUGAUUGUGAUCGGGUCAGGAAUCGGAGGCCUCGCAGCUGCGAAAACCUUCCUUGAACUGUCACCUUCGGUCGACCUUGUGCUUCUCGAGAAGCGACCAACUGUAGGCGGGGUCUGGUCCGAAGAGAAUUGCUACGAAGGCCUCAAGACAAACAACCUCGGCGGUACAUACGAAUUCACCGAUUUUCACAUGAGUGAAAAAUACGGCAUUGGAGGAGACAGACACAUCCCUGGCACUGUCUUGCACUCUUAUCUCAAUGACUUCGCGGACAAAUUUGACAUCCGUCGUCGGAUCCGCUUCUGCACUGAAGUUCUGGAGAUCGAAAAGCUGAACCAAGGCUGGCGCUUACACACUAGGACCAGCUCCCCAUCCACAACUGCUGUUUAUACAUGUGAUAAACUUAUUCUCAGCAGCGGGCUGUCCUCAACUGCUAACCCUAUCAAUAUCCGCGGCAUUGAUGCGUUUGAAAAGCCCAUAAUCAACCAUACGCAGUUGCGCGACGAGGGAGCGCGUAUUGCCCAUGAUCCAGAUGUCGAGACAGUAACGGUUGUGGGGGCUUCAAAGACAGGAUACGACGUGGUGCACCUCAUGGCAUCAAACCAUAAGAGAGUGAAUUGGAUCAUUCGUGAGUCGGGAGGUGGUGCAGUCUGGAUGGCAUCACCAUGGGCCAAGUUCGCGGGAGUACGGCCAAAGCUGGAGUUGCUCGCAACCACCAGAUUCUUUACAUGGUUUAGCCCAUGCAUCUUUGGUGACUACGACGGCUUUAGCUGGGUUAGGAAGGCUUUGCAUCAAACUCGCCUGGGGAGAUAUUGUGUACACAAAUUCUGGGAAGGGAUUAGGAAGGAUAUCAUUGAUGAGAACGGAUAUAGGAAGGAGGAAUGUUUGCAGCACCUUGAGCCCAUUGAAAGUCUCUUUUGGUCUGCACGAGUGGGAAUCCUCAAUUACCCCACCGAUAUACACGACUAUCUUCGUACUGGGCAGGUGACGAUCAUCCGCAAAGAUAUUAGCCAUCUUUCCGGCCCCGGAACUGUCGUUCUUGCAGACAAUACCAAACUUCAAACGGACGCCCUGGUUGCCAUUACUGGAUGGAAGCUUGCUCAAUCGGUCAAAUACAAGCCCGAUGGUCUGGGCAGCAGCCUCGGCAUUCCAAGCAGGAAUCCCAGCGAAAAAGACCAAAGCCUGUGGUGCAGACUAGACGCAGAAGCGGAUGAAGAGAUUCUAGGACGCUUUCCAUAUCUCAGGGAUCCUCCGUCCGCCAUCCCCUACAAGCAGGAUGUCAGCCCCUUUCGACUGUAUCGCGGCAUUGCACCUCCAUCACUCGCGGCAAACGGCGACCAUUCGAUUGCAUACAUGAAGAUGGUCCACAGCACGAGUAAUAUGAUAAUUGCAGAGUGUCAGGCGUUAUGGGUCUAUGCGUACCUGAACGGGAAACUCUCCUUAGAUAAGACUGAAGUCUACCAUCAGACCGCUCUACUCAGUCGUUACGGAAAACAUCGUUAUCCCUGUGGAUUCUCGGCAUGGUACCCAGAAUUUGUCUACGACGCAGUUCCGUACGCAGAUAUGCUUCUUUCUGAUCUCGGGCUGAACCCUUGGAGAAAAGCGACGCUCAAGAAAGAGGUGUUGGAAGGAUAUACUAUUCAUGAUUAUCGCGGGAUCAAUCAGGAGUGGCUGGAAAUUCAAAUGAAAUCGACACCGAAGAGAAUGUGAUUGGUUAGUAAGAGUCUGCGAGAUGGGCCGUUACGUUCUACUGGUCCUCCCUGA